UUCAUCUGUGUAGAACAAUCGUCGCUGCCGUGAGCUGAAAUGUCGGGAUAUUAUCACCAAGAGAUGGACCCGUCCGCCUACUACGGAACUGGUGGCGCGCAAUACCAAGCAGACUCUUACAUGGCAUCGCCUUACGUUGCAUCAGCAGCUCCAACGACAUAUACUGGUUCAGCAACCUAUUCCGCCCCCGAAUAUUAUUCUGCUCCCUAUUACGCCAAUCCCGUACCUCCGGUUUCAAGCAAUGCGGCUGCAUAUCCUGUAGGCUACCCAACGAACUCAUCGACUGGGGGUGUACCCUAUCCAACAGGCUACACGAUCGAAUCCGAAACCGGCGCUGUCCCAUAUCCGGCUGGAUACACACCGAGUGCUGCAACGGCAAAUAUUGUGCGUGUCAACACAGAUGAAAACAAGAAAGCUGCUGCCCUGGCAGCGCUACCGGUCAUGGCACCGCAUCCCGGAAAGCAUGUGGACAAGAGCGCGGAGAAGGGCAAAAAGAAGAAGACGGUGUUGCGGGCCGCAGGUGGAGAAGCGUGGGAAGAUGAAACUCUUCUGGAAUGGGACCAGAACGAUUUCCGCAUCUUUUGUGGUGACCUCGGCAACGAAGUAACCGAUGAUCUCCUCUUCAAAGCCUUUUCAAAAUACCCCUCUGUACUCAAAGCCCGAGUUGUUCGCGAUAAACGAACGAACAAAAGCAAAGGGUAUGGGUUUGUCAGUUUCAAAGAUGCUGGUGAUUUUGUAAAAGCAAUGAAGGAAAUGAAUGGAAAAUACGUUGGAAACCGGCCUAUCAAGUUGCGAAAGUCGACAUGGAAGGAGCGAACUGUAGAUAUCAAGACUCUCAAAAAGAUGCAGCAAACAUCAAUUUUCAAACCUGUCAUCAAGAAAUAAUUUCACCUGAUCGUGCAAAAAGUUAAGAUAUUAGAUACUGUUCUGUAAUUGAUUUAGAUUUUGGGGUGCUGGUUGUGCGGUCGAUAGUCUCGUUACCGCUUUGGAAACCUGCCUAGCUUGACUGUGUACAUAUAAUGUGAUGCUUUUUAUGAUUAUUUUUUCGUUAUUCAAUUUCACUGUACAUGUAU